GAAAAAAAUUAAAUAAAUUGAUGAGAGUGAAAAAACUCAAAAAUUUUAAUUUGGGAGGGGGCUAAGUCUACAGAGGUGAGACUUAGGUAACAAUGUGCAGAUGGGAUCACUUAGGUUUCACCGAGAGUUUCACCCUGCAACUGAGAGACUUUUCAGUUGAGAGUUUUGUUUGCGUGUGUUUGAAGUUUCGUUUUAUAUUGUUAAUAGAGUGCUUUUCCAUUGAAAAUGAACUUGGACGAACGGAUUCUGGUGGAAACCAUACAGACUUUUCCAUGCAUAUGGAACACCAAGAAUAAGGAGCACCAGAAUUCAUUGAUUGUCGAGAAUGCUUGGAAAAGCAUUGCUAUAAUGAUGGCUGAAAAUGGUAAAUGUUUUUUUUCCUAUUCUUCUUCAUACCUAUGUAAAGGAUUUUUUUCAGUUGAAAGCUGCAAAGAUUCUUGGAAAAGUCUUCGGCUCAAAUACAUUAGGGAGAGAAAACGCAGCCUCAAGAUGUCAUCAGGAUCAGCUUCCUAUUCAGGAAAUUGGCCCCUAUAUAAAAGCAUGAGCUUUUUAGCCUCCGUUAUACAGACGAGAAGAUCCAUUGGUCAUGUUGCCACCAAGAAAACUGGAAGAGUGUUACCACCACUUCAAACGCACUUUUCCAGUUUAUGGUCUGCAAUAGUGGCAAAGGAUGAAUCCUCGUUACAAGAAACGUCUGGGCGGACCGAUGAGGAUUCUAGAGCAGAGGAAGCGGUUCAAAAUAUUUCAGAGGGUUUGACACCUCAUGAUUCCGCUUCUUGUACCACUGCAAUCACCCCGAGUGGAACGACCUCCCUCCAACCAAUAUCUGCAAGACAGGGUGUAAAGAGAAAGCAGUGCUCUGCAACACCAUCUCCCUCUAUAAAGGAAAAUUCGGCUGAUCGAGAAACGCAAGCAAGCAGUGAAGACCGUUACUUCGGACUAAGCUUAGCGGAGUCCCUAGGCAAAAUAGGAAAUAGUAAAAAAAAAAUGAUUGUAAAAGCAAAGAUUUUAACUAUCAUGGCUGAAGCACUGGAUGAUGAUUGAUUCAUUUUUUUAAAAUAUAUGUGUAAAGUAAUUAAACGUGAUUUAACCCUUGUUUUCAUUAUUUAAAAUUAAAUGACAAGUUCUAGUUUUAAUAGUUAUUUAUGCACCUAGGUCAAAAAGUACAGCUUUAACGCCCG